UUCUCCCCCGCCAUGGACAUGGCCAUUAGCGCCAUCACCAUCAUCAUCCUCUUCAUCACCAUGGUCUCGCUGGGCUGCACCAUGGAGAUCGCCAAGAUCAGGGCUCACAUCCUGCGCCCCAAAGGAGUGGCCAUCGCCGUGGUGGCGCAGUUUGGCAUCAUGCCACUGACCGCUUUCAGCCUGGCAAAGGUCUUCCAGCUGGCCCCCAUCGAGGCCGUCACCGUGCUCAUCUGCGGAUGCUGCCCGGGGGGAAACCUCUCAAACCUUUUUGCCCUGGCCUUGCAGGGUGACAUGAACCUCAGCAUCGUGAUGACCACAUGCUCAACGGUCUUGGCUCUGGCCAUGAUGCCCACUCUACUGUACCUGUACUGCCAGGGCUUUGACCUGGAGAACGCCGUGCCCUACACUGGCAUCCUCAUCGCCCUCGCCAUGACCCUAGUGCCCUGUGGGGUGGGCAUCGCCAUCAACCACUGGAUCCCUGGCUGGUCUAAAAUGAUUAUUAAGAUUGGCCUCAGCAUCCUCCUCAUCGCCUCCGUGGCCAUCGGCGUCAUGUCAGGCAUCACCAUCGGGGGCAGCGUGUGGGUGGUGCUCUCUCCUCAGCUCAUGGCCGUGGCCUGCCUCAUGCCUCUCACUGGCUUCCUCCUGGGCUUCGUCAUGUCCUCGCUCUGCAAACUCAACGGACAGUGUCGCAGGACUAUUGCGGUUGAGACCGGCUGCCAGAACAUCCAGCUGUGCUCCACCAUCUUGAAAGUGGCAUUCCUCCCCGAAGUGAUCGGACCGCUCUACCUCUUUCCUCUGCUCUACAUCAUCUUCCAGGCCGGGGAGGCUCUCCUCCUCGUCUUGCUCUACAGAUGCUAUCAAAUGCUCAGACCACCAGCGGAGGAGCCGACGUACUGGACAGUAAACAGUAAAGUUGAAGCUGUGAAAGUUCCUACUUGCUGAUGAGAGGACCUGUGCACCAGCUGAGAAGGGAACCUGACGUCAGACGCCUACAUCCCAUUCCACUGUUCCACUGAACAGACAUCACCAUUCCAUUCCACUGUUCCACUGAACAGACAUCACCAUUCCAUUCCACUGAUCCACUGAACAGACAUCACUAUUCUAUUCCACUGUUCAAUGUCAGCUAGGCACAAAUCUUCUGGUGAUGUGGCUUUGACACAUGCAGUGGGCAUCCACCUGACCUCCACCUGACCUCCAGGUCCAGUGCAGUGGUGCUGCAGCCCACA